GUGUGCUUGCUGGUGCUCUUCUGCCGCUUAAUUCGGGUACAGUCAGGGCGUUUUGCCACAUCGCCGUUUUGCCACAUCACCGACGCGGGAUGCCCUUAUGAGCAUGAAGAGGUAGAGGUUUGCUACAAGUCGAGGCUCUUUGGAUGCUCGCCAUACCAGAUCUGCGAUGAUGCAAGUGGCGCUUGCACUCUUCAGAGUGACGCUGCUCUGGCGGAGGGUGCGGCGACAGUGGCAUCCCGAAUGCUUGCACGGGCCAAGGCUUUCAAUGCUACUACGUGGUACACGAUUGGCAUCCUCGAGUUCACGAGGUUCACCAGAGCUGUCGUUGACUUUCACAUCUACGGUAGGGUGCUCAUGCAGCCCAUGGACAGGCCUCAGUUCCUGGCACAGAUGAAGAGUUCGAGAUCGGACUUGACAUCGGCCAUGAAGACCUUCAGCGAAGCCUUUCACAGGAAUGGCAUUAAGGCAGUUGAUCUGGGUGCCUUUACCGAGUACGUGGAAGAAUCGCAUCGGAUGUCGAGGAAGCCCUGGGUGAUGUGGAGGCAUGCGAGGGCAACCCCUUGA